AUGGAUGCGAACGACCCACAAGGACCAAUGCCAAAAUACCAAACCACGAAGCCACAAAACGCAAGAAGACUCGAGUCAACACUAAUAAAGAACAUCAGCUAGCUAGCUAGCUACAAUAACAAGUAAAUCAUGUUUGGCAUCCCAAGUUCGAGUGAACUCAAGUCCGAUUCCUUCUUGAUGGGAUGGAAUGUCGCGGCCGCUGCGACGGUGCUGUUGCCUCUGCUCAUCAUGACGGUGGCACGGUCCACUCAUGUCGGCGAAGGCGGUGGCGACAAUGACAACAACAACAAUAACAACAACAAUAAUAAUGCCAAUGGCAAUUGGUGGGGCGGCAAUAACGAACAAGGCAGUGGCGAUCAGACGCCCUGGUGGUGGUUUGGCGGCAACGGUGCCAGCGGCGACGAAGAAGAACCACAGGGUCGAGGUAGUGUGAUAUUUGUCUACGUGUAUGCCACGGCACUUUUCCUGGCCAUGAUUCUUCAUGGCAAUUUUGUCCUGGGACGCAACGCCGACUUCGGAGCUCUACAAGGUGCCUUGUUUGUCUUUACCCAUUUGGCCUUUUUGACGCUCAUUCUCGUCGCGGGAUUGGGGGCGAUUCAAACCGAAGAAGGACGAGAGCUAGAAGAACAUGGAUGGUACGGGCAGUUCAGUGUCUGUGUCUUUUUGACAACCUUCUUUUGGACCCUACACGGAAUCGUCUUUGGAUGCCUACUGCGACAACGAAAGGCGGCCAGAGCUGCUGCCGGAAUUAAUAGCGAAAGCAGCAACAACAAGAACAAUCAAAGUGGAUUCCUCGACUGGAUCAGCCCUUAGGCAGCUACAGUGUGCUGACCAUGUUCCGUAGAAGACAUCAGGACAAUUUUUGCAGAAGGUGUGCAGUGCUAUGGAGUGAUUCGUGUCCGGAUACAGGAGUACUGCGAGCCCGCGCCAUGCAUGGAUAGUUGGACUUUCCAGGUGGGAGGCGAAUGCUGCAGUAGUAAUAAUGGCAUGUCUACCGGUAUAGUAUCACUUUUUAGUCACUAGAUAGAAACAGUCAGGC